ACCACCACUGCCAUCACCAGCCACCAUCACCUCCAGCAACCACCACCACUAGCACCAGCGACUACCAUGAUGGGUUAUAUAUUUCUCCUACUGGUAUUAGGAGGUUGUAGCGCCAGGGUGGGUCCUAGCAUACACUCACCCACAUAUAUAAUGCUGCAUACUCUCAUACACUGCAGCUACCUUCCCUUUACGCUGAGCGUGAAGGUGCUGGACAGAGUGGAAGAACAGGGUGUAGAAGGGGAGAACCUACUGGAGGAGGAGAGGGCGAAGGAGAUGCCGUGGGAGUUACUGCUGGAGUCGUCGUCUUCGUCGUCGUCAGAGAAGGUAGUGGAGGAGACUCUCAGGGCCCAGGAGACUCUCAGGGCCAAGGAGACUCUCAGGGCCAAGGAGACUCCCAGGGUCCAGGAGAAACUCAGGGCCAAGGAGACUCUCAGGGCCCAGGAGACUCUCACGGCCAAGGAGACUCUCAGGGCCAAGGAGACUCCCAGGGCCCAGGAGACUCUCAGGGUCCAGGAGACUCUCAGGGCCAAGGAGACUCCCAAGGUCAUGGAGACUCCCAGGGUCAAGGAGACUCCCAGGGUCCAGGAGACUUUCAGGACUGACUGCAAUAAUACAAAUGACUGUUGCCUUGAUAAUGGGACACAGUGUGUGGACACCUACGGCGGCCGGUGUGAGCUGAAGGACUACAUAACCAAGGACUGUGACUUCGAAAUCAGAAACGUCUGUACAAACCCCAAGUGUUCCUGUUGUGUAGACUGUGAGAAGGAUUACGAAAAUUCCGACUGUGCACAACGUGGAGCGAGCUGCAGGAACUACUGUUGGACAAGGGAAUACGAGAACCGCUGGGCAUCUUGUCACAGUCGAAUAUGUCGAUGCUGCCACCAAUGUAAACUAACUCCCGCGUGUAGAGAAGGUCCCAACCCUGGCUACUGCUUCGGUAAUAGGUUCUACUGCUUCCUCUCCAACAACUUCUACCUGAGUACAGAGGUGUGUCAGGACCAGGAGUGUGCGUGUUGUAAGCUGUGUAUGGGUGAGAAGAAGUGUCUUGAUGUGGACGGCUACUGCAUCAAGGCCAGGCGAUUAUGUCGGGUGGGUUACGUAGCCUUCCGGUGUGGCUGCCAUGACAACAAGAACUGCUGGUGCUGUGUGCCAAAGAAAAAGAUCACCAAUUUCACCUGCCGAUAAGUGGCCAACUGCGGCUCCUGCCACCACACUGCUGCCACACUCACUCUUUCACUCACUCUCCUGUUUUAUAUCCAGUUCUCUCAAGAUUUUAUCUUUAUAUUCAUCUCCCCAGGAGUUCACACAUUAACUCUUAACUUUUGAUCUCCCCGGCCUAGACUUUUCACUUUCUGGCAACAUUGAGUCGUGACUUUCCUGGAUACUCAACCAUCAUUUCUUUUGUGACUAUUCUUCAAAUUAUUCUAUUAUUUUCCUUUAGGAUUGUUCAGGAUAGUGUGCAUAUUUGUACACUUUUCUCCUUAUUUAAGUGUCAACUUCAGGACGAAGACUCAUUAUUUUUCCUUUAAAAUAUUUAUCAAAGGUCAAGCAACCCCAAAACAAACAUUUUGAGGUGAUUUUACUGUAUGUAGACCAAUAAUUAAACUGAGGCUUGGCAUUAAUAUAACCUUGAAUAGGUACUACACAAUGUUUUGUUUUUCUAGAAGUGAUAUUUGGGCAUUUUUGGUCAUUUCAUUGGGUCACAAGUCACAAAAAUGCCUAAUUUGAUGGUUAUGGUACAUUACACUGCCAUGGGACGUGGUACAGUGAUAUAUCCGUACAGUGAUAUAAAUAGUUUUAAAAUUUAUACCUUAUGAACCUGUUAAAGGGGUCAAAGAUCAUCAAAAAUGAAUAAGCUGAGAUUUGGAUCCCAUAAAUACAUUAUAUUUCUACCAGUUUACCUGACACUCGGUAAAAGAUGCUUUAAUUCAGACUUCAAAGAUCAAUUUAGUUAGAACAGUAUUUAUUUUCCCCUCAACAUUUUGCAGAGGUAACCAAAGAUUCACCACUUUAAAUUUUGUAAGGGGAAAGAGGGAGAGAGACCUAUUACACCUUCAAGUAAGAUAUUGAACUGACAUGUGAUCUUACUUCAAAUUUCCAACUUGAUAUUUUUUUGUGUCUUACAUUAACUAUUAGUGAGAGAAACAAACAAAAAAUAAGUAUGUUACUUUUAUUCUUAGUCUUGUUUUGAUAAUUGUAGAUUGGUUAUACAAUUUACGAGUAUUUGUUUAUUUACGUAGGAGUACAAGAAUCCAUUAUCCAUAAUAUCAAUAUCCUGUGUUAUGAUGUCUACUUAUACAUAUAGUCCAGUGAAUAACUACUAUUGAGUCAUGACCUAAUUAUUAGAUGAAUGGAUGCAAAAUACUUGAGAAAUGAAUAAGUCGCCUCUAACUAGCUCAAGAUUCAUAUACAUAUAAAAUUGUUACCAAGUCAACUCAACUUUCCACGUAGGUCAAGCAUGAGUUGACUGAAUCAGAAUAUAUUUGAGUAAUAAAGAGUUGAAUGUAUAGGGUGUCCCAUAAAUAUGACCCUGCCUUCCUCCCUCCCUGCCAGCCUGCUUGCUCCCUGAGACACUGUGAGGUGGAGGAAGGCAGGGAAGGAGGGAGGCAGGGGGUGGGCAGGGACACUUUACUGGGUCACUAUAUUUCAAGCAAUUUCAUAAGUAUUCCAUCAAUAGCAUCUGCUCCUAUUGUAUCCAGUCACCGAGCAAUAUAGACUUUGCUAGUCGCUAUAAUCCACUUCACCUACCAAAACGCAUUUUAUUUUACCAUGGUGUGCACUGGUAACCAAAUCAGAGCAGUUUAUAAACAUCGGAAACCUUGAACAUGGCUAAGAGAUCAGAUGAACCAAGAAGAGUUUUAAUGUGGCUUUGGGAAUAAUUAUACAAAGAACAUAAU